CACGUUUCAAAUAUAAUAUAAUAAAAAACAACCCAUCAAAUUCAAAUGUGAACUACCCUAGCUCUGUCAAAGCUCUUCCUCCCUUACCACCACACAGAUCAUCAUUUCUCUUCCCCUCCACCACAACUUUCGUUGCUGAUUACAUAGCCACCACCCACAACUAUGAAUACGACCAUCACCACUCACUGCCACAUCUUUCUCAGAUCUGGAGAAGGACACUUAUACGCUUAGAUUUCUUUCUUUUUUGAUGAAUUUGUAGAUAUUUUGUGAUUCUGAUGAAUUUGAAAUUAUUUAUGUGCAGACUUGUAUGUAUUUAUUAUCGCGAAGAAUAUGACAACAAGAAUGAGCCAAUAUUUGAGCAAAAUGCUUCAUUGGAGAGGUAAUUUUCUGUAUACCACCGAAUCAGUUGCAUUAUCACAACCAACACUGAAAACCUCCACUUCAACCGUUUCGAACACCCUAAAUCAUCUAACCAAUAGACUGUCCUUCUCUCUGCUUCACGGACAAGUACUUACCGUGACCUUCUACUCGCAUCAUUAACUACACCAUCGUGAAACCCAACCCACUGAAAACCCCGAGAACCACCACCUGAUCUACAAUAUUCGAACCAAGAAGAAUAGAAGAGAAAGAGGCGUGACUUUUGGUUUGAUAGGAAAAACACAGGAAAAAAAUAGGGCACAUGUCAAUUUAUUUGGGCUUACUCAUAUCUGGUGGGUUAAGCGGGUUUUGUUUGGGCUCAAUCAUUUUAUAGUUUUUAUAUGUUUAAUAGUUGUUUAUUUGGUAUUUGGUAACUUUAUUCAUUGUUAAGCAAAUCAACGAUUUGUUAAAUAUGUAUAUAAAGCAAGGGAUGUUUUUAAAGUGUUCAAAUUAAUACUACGUAGGCAUU